AUGUCAGAGGCGUCGAGCUCGGGCUCCUCGGAGCAGCAGGCCAUCCAGGCGGUCAUGCAGGCCCUCAACACCCUCUACACUGACCCAAACAACCAGGCCAAAGCAUCUGCCAACACUUGGCUUCAGAACUUUCAGCAGACCUCCGAGGCAUGGCAGACGGCCAACUCGUUGCUACUCGCAUCCGAACUGCCCAUCGAGCCUCGUCUGUUCGCUGCCCAGACGUUCCGCACCAAGAUUAUCUUCGACCUGGACCAAGUUCCAGCGCCUCAAAGGAUAGCGCUCCGCGACACGCUCCUCACAGCACUAUCGGCCUAUGCAACAGGUCCGCGCGUGAUCCAGACACAGCUCAGUCUAGCUCUUGCUGGUCUUGCUCUCCAGCUCGACGAGUCGCAAUGGCCGACGGUCGUCCCGGGCAUGAUCGAAAGAUUCGGCGCUAGUCCAGAGACGGUUCCGGUCUUGCUUGAGUUCCUCACUGUGCUGCCAGAGGAAGUCAUCACCAAUCACCGCAUCCCUAUCGACAACGACUUCUACAACACUCGAUGUCAUUUCCUGCUCUCAGCGGCAGCGCCCGAGAUUCUCAAGCUACUCUCGAUGUAUGUUCAGGCGACAGGCUUGACAUCGCAGAUCCAGACGGGGAUCUUCCAAUGCUUGCGGUCCUGGCUCAAGAGUGGGGAGGUGUCAGCUGGACAGAUGGCCGACACGCCACUCUUCGAGUUGUCGUUCGACGCGCUCGCCUCGGACGAGCUCUUCGAUGUGGCGACGGAUGUCGUCUGCGAUCUCAUUAAUGAGACGCAGGAGGUCGAGGAGAACAUGCAAGUCGUCCAGCGCGUUCUUGCUCGCCUGCAACCUCUGCGGCAGGAGAUCUCCGCAGCCGGCGAGGACGAAGACAAGGUGCGCGGCCUCUGUCGCAUCUUCGUACAAGCGGGCGAGGCAUAUCAUCGCAUCAUCUUGCGCCACCAGGACGAGCUCUUUCCGGUCGUCGAGGCCAUCGCGGAAUGCACCGCCUACCACGAUCUCGACAUUGUGCAGAUCACCUUUCGCUUCUGGUAUCUGCUCUCUGGACCGCUGGGGUAUGCGUAUGGCGAACCGCAGGCAGAAAGAUUCUAUCCGGUCUACGAGAGGCUGCUCGAGGUCAUCAUUCGCCAUCUCCGCUUCCCUGACGACCCAGAUGCGCUUACGGGCCAGGAGCGCGACGACUUCCGAUCCUUCCGCCACUUUAUGGGCGACACCCUCAAGGACUGCUGUCACGUCCUCGGCUCGCGGCAGUGUCUGUCCAAGUCACUGCGUCUCAUUCAAACGACCCUUUCGCAGUCAACACCGGAAACGCUCAAGUGGCAAGACGUAGAAGCACCACUGUUUAGCAUGCGUGCUAUGGGCGCCAAGGCAGACCCGCGCGAUGACGAAGUGCUGCCUCACAUCAUCAAUAUCAUCCCCACGCUUCCGGAUCAUCCCAAGAUCAAGUACGCCGGGCUCCUCGUUCUCUCGAGAUACACCGAAUGGAUCGAGAUGCACCCCGAGCAGAUCCCUGCGCAGCUCUCCUACAUCAGCGCAGGUCUCGAACAUGCUGGAAGCGACGUGACAGCCGCCGCAGCGCAAGCCAUGAACUUCCUGUGUCAGGACUGCCACCGUCACCUCGUUCCAUAUCUUCCGCAGCUCUACGACUUUUUCCGCUCCGUCAACGACAAGCUCGGCGCUGACGACCUUGUGUCCAUCUCGGAAGGAAUUGCGUACGUGAUCGCCGGCAUGCAGCCCACCGAGGCACCGCAGGCGCUCAUGCAGUUCUCUCAGCCUCUGCUCGAGUCGCUCAGUCAAGUUCUGAGCAUCCCAAACCCGAACAAGGAUCAAUUGCGCCGGGCAGCCGACCGAAUGGAGCAGCUGGAAAAGAUGCUUGCCGUCUUUGGCUCUUCCUUCUCGCAUCACCUUGCGGAACAAUGCUCGAAGACGUGCGAGGAAGCGUACUCGGUGGUCGAUCGCGUGCUGGCAUCGCACGGCAACGUCUUCUUCAUCUCGGAGCGAGCAUGCGCAUUGCUCCGACGUGGGCUCUCUUUCUUCGGCCCGCGAGCGGCGCCGAGUCUGAUCGCGGUCCUGGAACGACUGGCAUCAUGCUUCGAGCAGACGGGCAACCCAGGCUACGUGUGGAUCGUUGGCAAGUGCAUCGAUCAGUUUGGACGGGAUGGCAACAUGGCCACCAGCGCGGCACUCCGAGGAGCCUUCGAACGGAUCACCAGCAAGGUGGUGCAGCAGAUGGAGAACACGAUGCCCGCCGAGAUGGGCGACGUGCUGGACGACUACAUCCACACGUGUCUGACGGUGCUCAACAAUGUUCCUUCGAUGCUGUUGCUGUCGCCGCAAUUUGCGCAGGUGUUCCGCGCGAUACUCGCUGCCUUGACGCUUCUCAAAACCGAGAUCGUGGGAACAGCGUUGGAUCUUGUGCUGGGCAUCGUGGGGCAUGACUCGUUGAUGAUGCCCGUGACGGCGUCUCAACCCGGAACGCCCCUGGCUGCCCCAAGCGCCCUCAAUGCAGACGGCACCCCUUCGAUGGAUGACAUGGGCAGCUAUGCCGCCGCCAUCCGACACGCGAUAGGCCAGCAGGGCUUCCAGCUCGCCUCCGUCUUGCUUAACGGCUUGGCGACGCAGUUCAGCCCUGAGGUGAUGCCGGUCGCCAUCACGACACUCAAGGUGCUCUCUUCCGGAUUUGCCGGCGAGAUGGCGGCUUGGGUGCCAGGAAUCGUGGAGCAGCUGCCCACAAGCUACGUGCCAGACAAGGACAAGAUCGCUUUCACCAACCGCUACCUUGCCGCCAUCAACGGUGGCAAGCGCAUGGACGAGAUCAAGCAAGCUCUCAAUGGUCUCUACUCUGCGUCGCGGCAGGCAAGGGAGAGGAAUCGGGUGGAUCGAGACGGUGGCCCAGGCGCAAUGCUGGAUCGUUAG